AUGCGUCCGUGGCCCGCUCUCUUUGUCAGUUCGUUGGCCAUGUCCGUGUACUCGGCGAACUUUGAGUUUCACAGCCGAUGCAUGCACCCGAUCGAUAUCUACGACAACGCGGUCACGUGCACAUUGCAGCCCCAUGCGACGGGGUGUGGGGUGACCGCCCUAGCCCCGUGGAGUGGAAUGUUUCGCCAUGGCCGAGCCGAGCAGGCUACACUCGCCGAGUUCUCCGUGGCAGGGGGCAAGGUCUGGUACGACAUCAGCACCGUGCCGCCUGGAUCGGGAACAUGCACAAGCCUCGUCGAGUGCAUGCGCAUGACGUCCAAAGUCGGAUUCAAUGUGCCCAUGAGCAUCUUUCCCAAAGGCCCGGCCCGCAACGACCCUCGGUACAACUGCGCGUACGUCGUGUGCUACGCGAACGGGUGCCGUGACGCAUAUCAGUACCCGUCGGACGACACCAAGACCAAGAGCUGCCCAGACACGUCGGAUUUCGUCGUGACGUUCUGCCCCGACUUGCCGCCGUAA